AUGGAUACCUCUGCAAGUACUUCCCUCCCUACCAUUGAACAAAUAAAUAAGUUAGAUACUACUGACAGUUUGAUCAAAUGUUUAAGUGAACACAUAAAUCUUACGGAAAAAACUUUACAAGCUCUUCGUAAUGAAGAAGUUAAUGGUUCAGCCUUGCUUCAGUCAAGUCAAGAAGAUCUUAAAGAAUGGGGAGUACCAG